AUGCUAUCGCAAGAUCGUGGAGUGGCGCGGCUUCACGUGGGCCGGCCGCCUCUCUUACGGCACACUCUCGUCAUAAAAGGCCUGAUUGGCUCCCAAUCGCACCCUACACACAUGACAGAUUAUUACUUGCUGGUUGUGCUAGCUGGGUCAGUGAUGCUGUCGUUCCUGGCGGCGGGCGCGCUGUGGCUGUGCGUGGAGGCGCCAGUGGCCGGCCUCGUGCGAGCCGCGCGCACGCGCACAGGGGGCAGCGGGUGGAGGGGCAAUAAAUUGUUUUAUUAA